AUGGUCUCCACCUCAGUCUCGAUGAUGCUCUGGACACUUUUCAUAAUGGUUGUAGUCGCCGUUCUGGUCACCAUGGUCAAGAAGAACAAGAAAAUCCCCAUCCUGACCAAGCCAGAGGACAACACCUCAUAUAAGGAUGCAAAGGAGAAUACGUACAAGAAAAUUGACAAGAAGAAACCUCAAGUCUAUUUGGAGAUAGGAAUUGAUGGAACCAACAAGGGACGGAUUAUAAUUGAGCUAUUUGAUCAUCUGGUGCCAGGUACAGCUGAAAAUUUUAGGAAUCUCUGUAAAGGGUUCAACAAACCUGGAAGUCCAGGACAAGUCCUCCACUAUAAAGGAUCGAAAUUUCAUCUCAUCAAUAAAGGACUUGCAGCCCAAAUACAACGUUUUCUGUCAAUAUCUUCAAAGGACAUGGCUGGACUUGUGAGUUGUGAUUAUGAACCUUUAAUUGAUCGUUUAACAGGCACAGGUGGAGGGUAUGCUACACUAUCCGGAGAUAGAUUUGUUGAAGUUACUACCGAUGCAAACAUGGGGAAGCAUGCUGAACCCUACUUAGUGUCAAUGGCAAUGCAUGGUGAGCAGUUGGCAAUUGGAUCACAGUUUUUCAUCACGUUUUCUAGUUUACCUCAUCUCGAUCGGGAACACGUUGUUUUUGGCAAGGUUGUGGAAGGAUUCAAGGUGCUCUCUGAGAUGGAGGACGUCUUAACAACUUUAGGAAAACCAAAAGUACCCGUAGUCAUUGUCGAAUGUGGAGAAAUUAUGCAAGAGAUAGAUGCUGGGAAUAACCUUUAA